ACACUUCGUCUCAAGAUGUCUGCUCCCGCACAGCUGGCCAUUUUUACGCGCAUCCUCCCCAGAAUGGGGCUCCGUUGGAACUACCACCACGGCCGAAACAUCCUGCAGCCCGAGCGCCGUGACAGGGCUGUUAACGCGGCUCUGCAUGAGCUUGUUGGGCUGGUACAUCCCAACAUGAGGAUGACUGCUAAGCGGGAGGUUGAGCGUCUGCUUGUCGACAUUGUCGACACAUCCACGCGCCUUGUGCGCAAUAACGUAGCGAUGCUUAACCCAUACGAUUUCAUGGCCGGCAUCGGCAUGACUGGCGUCGGCGACGACGACUUCAACAUUUGGAAUUGGGAGGAUGACUCCUUCCUUGAACAGGCUCGUGUGGGCACCGAGCUUGGGGAGCUCCUCAGCCCCCACACUUUCCAAGCACUUUUCCUGGCCAUGAUCGAGGCCCGUCAGCGCUUCCUCAGCUUCGCUGCAGAGCACCUCCCCUUACAGGACCCUUCUCGUCGCUGCCUUCUAGCGGCUGCAGUCGACAGAUUUCUCGAGGCUGCUGUGUUCUGGGAUGUUGUCAGGGUGCCGAUCCAGCUCCAAAUCGAGGAGCCUGAUGACGAGGAGAUGAACGGCUUGUAUAGCACAGAUUCGGAGGAAGAGUCUGAGGAGGAGUGA